GAAAAUGACGGCGACAAGAUGGCGGAGGUUGUUAUGGUAGAAAGUUUUGGAAAUUCUUUUGGUGACAGCUGAUAUACGCAGCUUUCACUUUUCAAGUAGUGGUUUUAUCUAAAAUGUUGGCAAUUGUGCAAUGGAAGACGACCCACGGACAAGAAAAAAGGGCUUCUUCAGCAACCAACUGAAUCGCGGUCGGGGCCCCCGUGAAGAGAUGGGCAUGUACAGCCGACGGGUGCUCAACAGUUACGAUCUCAAACCCCCCGACUACUACGUGAAACCUCAGUACCUCAUUGAGGAGAACGUAGAGAAAGUUGUCAAGUAUGCAGGGAUGAUCGAUGGAGUGGUGGCCGACAUCGACAUCACAAACAGGACUGAUGUCCUCAGAGUCAUUGACAAGGGAAAGAAACAAGGUUUCAUCCCGCCAAAAGUUGGAUACGAGCAUGAAGCAAUCUUCAGCCUGAGUGUCAACAACAUCAAGAUCAGCAGAUACAACCAGUCAGAGGAUCUGUUGCUACGGAUACCAAUGCAUGAGAUUGCAGCUGUGUGUUACAUAAAGGAUGAUGGCCAGCAUAUUCUGGCACUCAAACAUGGAACACUUGAGGAAUGCAGUUUGUCUGUCCUCUACUGCGAUACAAAGCAAGCAGCAGAGGAACUGUGUGCUCUGAUUGGCCAGUGUUUCCAGCUGGUGUAUACCGAGGCCACCAUGCAGCUGUUGGAUUCUCGCAUCCCCGGAACCACGACCAGCGUCUCUCACAGUGGAUCAACUGGGGAAACCAUUUCAGAGUCGACAACGGUCUUUCCCUUUGGACAUGGUGGACGUCCUUCAUUUUUGACAUCAUCAAAUCUAGAUCUGCCAACACGUCAAGAUUCCAUCCCGAGACGAUCGCCCCGCGGACAAGAGCGUGUGCCGAGUGAGAACAGUACGAGGGGGAGUGAUGUCAGCAUCCCCACCGACCUGGUCAAAGACUACAUGUUUAAACUGCAUCAAAAGCUGAAUCCGGAUGAGUUGCGUCACUUUGCUGAACUUCUGCGGGACUGGCAUAAUGACCUACCGAUUGGAGAAUUUUGUGAACAAGUGCUAAAACUUUACGGUCAAGAUAGGAAACAUUUGUUAGCAGAAAUGAGUCCUUUCAUCCCAUCUGCGGACUAUGGUCAAUUUGUCGAGUUUCUCCGCAAGAAUGGCAUCAACAUCCCUGAGAACGGAACACUCUCCAGCUCCAGGAGUAACCCAAGAAUGUACACCAGACGGUCAGUCAGUGAGUUGUCAACAGCGAGCACUAUCAGCAACGGCAACAUCGACGACGUAGAACAGAUUCUUAACAUGGUCACAGAUCACAUCGCUCGUCUUGAUGCCAGCGUGGAUGUGGAAACAAACCCCGAAAACUUCAUGCAUGGAAUCGAUAAUUAUUGAUGUGUCUUUCAUUUAAUGUUUGAUCUGGUUGAAACUGGUAGAGAAAUCCAGAAUAUUCCGGUAUGAUUGAUCCUUAAACACAGGAUCUAAGACUACACACUGCUUCAGGACCCUCUCUGCAUAGGAUCUUGGACCAUAUGGGUACUGGCUCUGGUAUCUUUAUAUAUGAGAUUAAAGCUGACCGAGUAUGAUUUGAGUGCAUCUUUGAAAGAUGCUUUUGGUGAUUGUGUAACAGUGAAAUAGACAGAAUAUUACCUAGACCCAAUGUUUAUAUAGAUAACUUUUGGCCUUCAGUUCUAUUGGGUACUGGGGAAGUGUUCGUCGUUCAUACUGAUGAUCUGAGUUUGGGUACAAUUUGUGAAGCUCAUUCUAGGAUCCCUUACUGUUAUUGCUGUUUAGGACAUUUGGACACAGUGGGACCAUUUGGGCAAGGGGAGAGGUCAAUUUUCCCAAUUUCAUUUCAUGAGUGGGUGAGUGAGUUGGGUUUAAUGCUGCUUAAACAAUACUCAAGUUGUUUCACGGCGUGUGAGCAUAUGUUGGAGGAAAGCCAGAAGUGAUGCAGAUCUUGGAUGUUUCCGAGUUUGGUGAAACCACCGAGCAAUGGUAUGGUGUUGACAAAUGUAGAAACAAAAUCAUGGCGAGUCUGGCAUUUGAACCAAUGAUCAUACAUUUCUGACAUGCCUAGGGGGCGCAACUCUACACCAGAGACUGUAGCGCCACCUGUGUCCCGUACACCUUGAAUUAGUAGAGCGAAGGAUUUACAAUACAACCACGCACUGGAUCAGGGUGAACUGGAAUUCGAACCCUUAAGUUUCAGGCACAUCUAAGAGAUGUAAUUCUGCAAGCAAAUUGUGGCACCUGCCCAUCCAUACACACCUAAAGCUAAUAAGCAAAGUCCUACACGGGUGGAAUUGCAUUUGAAAAAAAUGAAGGAUUUCUUUUACCUGUGCUAAGGGUGAGGAAGAAUAACACUUGAACAUCUUGAUGAUUUACAUGUCCUAAAAGCAUUUGAUUAAUAAGGGAGUGAGUGAGUUGGAUUUAACGCCGCUUUUAACAGUAUUCCAAUUAUAUCGCGGCGUGUCAGCUUUAUGUGGGAGGAAAGCCCCGAAGUGAUGCAGGUCUCAGACG